UCCCCGACUUUCCAUUUCUAUUCUGAGCGUGGAAGCGCCAUUUUUUAAACCAGGCACAACGUUCCAAGCCAGCCAAGGCGUGUAGUUGUCCUUUUUUAUUCCUGUCAGGGGCGAGACUAAAUUGUGGGUCUGGAGGUGACCUUGGAAAUGGAUGAUUCUGGGAGACUGAGGUGUUGAGAGAGAGAGAGGAGGGGGAGCCUGGGCCGGAAAGUGGCGGGAGGGGAGUUGGGCCGUGGCGCCCGCCCGUAGUGAGUUACUCCUUGGCUUGGAGGGAGCAGCAUGGGAGCUGGAGGCGCUCAAUCCGUCGGCUGACUCCAGGAUCCAGGGACCGGGAAGGCGCGAAAGGAGAGCCAGGCCUUGGCUGGACACAACGUGCUUAAUGUGAGAGGGACUGGGCCCUCCUGGCAGGGCUUGAGGCGCGGAAAGACAGAAAGAAGGGAGGGAGAGCGGGAAAGGAAGGAAGGACGGAGUCAUGGAGGAGAAGAGGCCCGGGCGCCGUAGUAGCCGUCGCCGCCGCUCCCGGGAGCGCUCCCCGAGCCCGGCCCGCUUGGACGUGGCCUCCCCGCGCUUCGACCCGCUCCUGGCGCUCUAUUCUCCGCGGACGCCGCUGCCCUUCCCGGCCGCGCCCUGCUUCAACAACCUAGCCGAGUACGAGAGCUUCCAGCGCGGCCGGGGCCCGCAGGCCGGAGAAGCCGGGCGCAGCAGUAGCCGCAGCAGCCGCCGCCGGAAGGGCCGAGCCGGGCGGGCCGCCUCCGCCCCUCCAGACCCCGCGCGGAUCCAGCGGCUCCGGAGCCUCAUGGUGGUGGAGCAGGCCGCGCCCGAGGAGGCCGGGAGGAGCCGGGCCCGGGGCAAGAAGGCGCCGCGGAACGUCCUCACCCGGAUGCCCCUUCAUGAAGGCAGCCCACUUGGAGAACUCCACCGCUGUGUCCGUGAUGGUGUAAAAGUAAAUGUCCACAUUCGAACUUUCAAAGGGCUUCGUGGAGUCUGCACUGGCUUCUUGGUUGCAUUUGACAAGUUCUGGAACAUGGCCCUGACAGAUGUAGACGAGACAUACCGAAAACCUGUACUGGGUAAAGCUUUCUAUGUUGAACCACAGUUAACCCUCACCAGACUAUUUGACAGACUCAAUCUGCAAGAGUCCUUAUUGAAAAAAGAAACUGAUUCAAAGAUGACUUCAGAUCUACCAACUCUUCCAUGUAGUUCUAGGACACUUGGGCGGAAACCUGAAUCAAGUUGGGCAAGAUCAGAAGAGCAUGGAACAAAGAGACACUCCAGUAGAGAGAGGACACGGAGCUCAAGUUUGCCCCGAACCUCUGGGAAGGAGAUUGACCGAGCUGCCAGGAUGCCCCAAACAGAGGGUAAGGGCGCAAGUGGCCCAAGGGCUCGUUCACGGAAAAAACAGAGGCCCAGAAUAGAUUAUCAGCAAGUGUUCAGGCGGCACAUUAACCAGAUUUUUAUUCGAGGGGAGAAUGUCUUGCUUGUUCAUCUUGCACAUUGAUCUCAUUGACCUUACUCAUGCUGUAACAUGAAUAGUGAUGACAGUUAAGUGCUACCUUGUGAAAUAAUAUGGCACUAUAAUUGUUUUCCCUUCUUUUGACCAGAAGGGAGUAGUAGUGAUGAAUUUCAGAGGUCAAAAGCAUGUUGAACCAGUGAAUACUUUAUUUGGACUAGACAUUGGCAGAGAACAUCACCGCCUUCAAGGAAGCAGAUGUCCUAAGACUCGAACAAUUCAGUGGUAUCUGCACCUUUCAAAACUUGAAUAUGAGACAUGUGUCUCUAGACUACAUGGUCCCAAGUAUAUGAUAAAUACUGUGACUAUAAAAAUAGAAUUUGUCAUUGACUUUGGUGCUUUAAUCUUCAAUGGGACAGCAUUCAUUAAAUAAAAUACAUGGUAAGAGAAUGAAGAGCUUGUGAAAGAAAUAAUGACUUUAGGUAUGAACUUGUUUCAGUCCACAUCCCUCCUAUUAGCAUGCAUACCUACGCAGAACACAGUACUCCAAAACUGAGCUGUUGUGCAUUUUCAUGUCCAAAGUUAUCACUUGACUAAAAUGUGAUUUGAAAUAUAAGAAAGUAGUCUAUUCAGUAAUAGGGGUUAGACGCUUUCUCCAGUUUGUUUGCUGUCAAAGGCCUCCCACCCCCUUAAUAUUGAUAUGAAACCUGUAUUGUUAGCCAAUUUCCUCUGGAUCUCCUCCUCCUACCACCAGCGAAGAUUGAAUGUAGAUAAAUACAUAGCUUUUCUAACUGGAGCAUGUCUUGGUCUAUGUUGAAACAAUCCAGAAAUUGCAGUCCAUUAUCUCAUAGUCCCCUCAUUUCCAGUCCAUUUGUGUAGCAUAGUGGUUGAGCUUAAGUGGUGUAUAUAACUUGCUUUAACUAAGAACUGACAGUGUAUAGCUGGGCAUUGCUAUAACAUUGCCUAAGUAGUUUUGAGAUGGUGACUUCCUAGUAUUUGAUGCCAACUGUAGAUAAUUCAUUUGUAUUUCUAGGUCUUGAAUGACAUGUCUCUAGGCUGCUUGGAUUGUUUCUGAGAAGCAUGUUUUAGAGUCUAAACUCUUGGAAAGCAUGCACAGCAAUCAUUAAAAAAACAGUGCUAUUCCUCCAUUUAAUCUUUGGAACAUUGCAAGAUUUUCUUAUAAUUCAUAUGUAUAAACAUGUAUAAACUGUCUGCCAAAAGAAGUGUCAUGGUGCUAUCUGAUAGUGCCCUCUGUUUACAUGGAGUGUGUGUACUACUCCAGUCGCUAGACUUUGUCUUUAUAAUGUGUCUUGGAAUGCACUAAAUGUUCACUAACCCUGUACUGUACUGAGGCAUUUUUAGUCUGUGGAAUGACAAAACUCACAAAAUUAACUAUCAAUUACAUUUCAUUCAUUACUACUUCUUUUCUCUAAUAAUCCGGCAGUCUUUUAAUAACGGAGGUUGCAUUGCAUGUAAUUAAAUUAUUUUUAAAAAUUAUGAGCUAAGCGCAAUCUCUCCCUUUCUGCCAUUUCUCUACCCCAUUGCUAAAGUGGAGAGUGACUUCUCUGGAGAUCAAAUAUCUCCUCAGUCGAACUAGUGUGGGUCCAUUGGGAAUUUGUUCAACACUCAGAUAAUCUUCGUUAGUUCAUUGUGUCUUUACUGUAGUUAGAAGUCAUGACUGGAUUUGGGUCUGCCCUUUUCGUGUUUUACUUCCAUUUUCUCCCAUUUGUUCUUUAGGAAUUACAUAUAUGUGAUGCAUUGUGGGGAGACACAGAGGGGCUUGCUGUUGCCAUUUUUAUUUCUGAUAACAGCCCGUAGCACUGAAAACAAAAGUGAGACUACUGCUGGCUUGUCAUACUCUUAGAAAAUGUUGGAAGAGUUCACCUCAGCAAGAUCAUGCUUCUUUUUUAGACCUGUCACAAAUUUCAAAGCCUUCCCAAAAGUCCGGUUUAUAAACCCUGUAGGUGCUGUGAAUGUGGUUUGAAGUGAAAGACCAUUGCUGGAGCAGGUGUUUUUUAACCCUUUCCUUGAAAAGAUCUGUUAUCUCUUAUCUGUGCCCACACUCCCUAGCCUAGAGAACCCUAGCGGGGAAGAUAGCAGCAUAGAGAAGGUGUUGGAAAAAAUGGCACAGGAGGGAAAGGUUAAAUGCCUGCCACUUCAAGGUGUAAACUAAAAACAGAAGGAUGGAACUAUAUGCAAUAUUCAGUUGUAUCCUAAAUGUUGGAUGGUUCAGGGAAUUAGUUACUGUUCUAAACCUAAUGCAGUUCAAAAUGGUAGGGACGGAAAAUUCAAAAAAGAGU